AUGUCCGCCUCUCAACCAACGUCGCUGAUAGCGACGCAUGGAAACGAGUCGUUCGAUUUUCUAUUUAAAAUCGUUCUGAUCGGAGACUGCGACACCGGAAAGACAUGCAUCGUACAGCGGUUUAAGUCGGGUAACUUCAUCGAAAGCCAUGGAAACACGAUCGGUGUGGAUUUUUCCAUGAAAGCGGUGGUCGUCGACGGGAAAAACGUUAAGUUGCAAAUAUGGGAUACUGCCGGUCAGGAACGAUUCCGCACCAUUACGCAAAGCUACUAUCGAUCAGCAAAUGGCGUUCUAAUCGUGUACGACAUCACCAAGCGGUCGUCGUUUCUCAGUCUCCAACGAUGGAUCGACGAGGUACGAAGGUACACCGCCUCGAACGUGAUGAUAUUCGUGAUAGGCAACAAAUCAGAUCUCGAAUCGGUACGGGAGGUUGAAUUCUCCGAGGCCCAAAGCUUAUGCCAAUACAUCCCCGAGGUGAUGUUUGUGAUGGAAACAUCGGCCAAAGACAAUCGGUUCAUUGAGGACGCGUUUAUGACGCUUGCGACCGAGCUGAAGAGACGACACGAUGGAAUAACUGCAGCUGAAGAGGAGGAAAAUAUCACGCUAGGUCAGAGUAAAACCUUAUCUACCAAUUCCUGUAACGCGUUAUGCAAUUUGACGUGAAGAAGUGCAAAUUUCGGAACAAAGCUACUGAUACCUGGCUGAAGCCAAAUGACCAUUGCGAACCAUAUUAACCAGCCAAUCGGACAAAGAUAUCCCUCCCAGGAUUUAGACUCUAAAACACCCGUAUCUUAUUCUUUCAUCACCAACACACACAACACCUCCUGACCGUGCAUGCCAUUUUCCUAAGCAAUUCUGCAGCGAAAUGCUGCAAUAGUAAAUAAGCCAUAGGUGCUCGAUUGCGAUAAACUAAUCUCAUGUCAUGUCACACAUUGGAUGUCGUGAUGAGGUUUAGCUGUAUAUAAUUGGAAUGGUACUCGUACCAAGGAAUCAUGUGUUAACUAAUUUGUAGUAAUUAUAACUUGAUGGGAGACCCGCACAGUGGCUGUCCCGUGUUAACAGUUGUCGAAUCAAAAAUAUUUUCUCGUACUCGAUACUCGAACGCUGCAUACAAGCUCAGCAAGUGAGCGUGAAGAGUUGACUCUAUACGUAGAGUAUGACAUGUGGAAUAUUUUAUACGAGCUAUUUAUUAGUUUGAGGAAGUCUUAGAGCUAUUUUAAACGAUCGUGUAUGUAAAUAAAAUGCUAUUUUUA